GCGCGAGACCAUACUGGACUAGAGGGCGCGGCGCAGUGUAUCCUGGGUCGGUGUAGCCAUGGCGGCCCGUGUCCUCUGUGCCUGUGUCCGCCGCCUGCCCGCGGCCUUUGCACCUCUGCCCAGGAUUCCCACGGUGGUCGCAGCUCGGCCGCUCAGCACUACCCUGUUCCCCACGGGAGCCCAGGAGAGGCCUGGGGCCCUGCAGCCGGCCUUGGUGCUCGCGCAGGCUCCCGGCGGAGUCACACAGCUGUGUCGCCAGUAUAGUGACGCGCCCCCUCUGACAUUAGAGGCGAUCAAGGACCGUGUCCUUUACGUCUUGAAACUCUAUGACAAGAUCGAUCCCGAAAAGCUCUCAGUAAAUUCCCACUUUAUGAAAGACCUGGGCUUAGACAGUUUGGACCAAGUGGAGAUUAUCAUGGCCAUGGAGGACGAAUUUGGGUUUGAAAUUCCUGAUAUAGAUGCGGAGAAGUUAAUGUGCCCACAAGAAAUUGUAGAUUACAUUGCAGAUAAGAAGGAUGUCUAUGAAUAAAGUAUCAGACCCCUUUUCUUCACUGAAGAAAACUCAGAAGAUGCUGGCAGGUGUCUGGAAGUGAGAACACAUUCUGCAUCACUGCUCCCUGGGACAGAGUAAUUCUGUUUAGACUGUAUUUAAAUUGUCUUAAGUGUUUUUGCCCUUUGAAAAUAAAUCUAUUAAAGCCAA